AUGGCUCACAGACAACAGCAUGUCGACUACGACGUCGUCAUUGUCGGCGCCGGCAUCUCGGGCAUCAACAUGGCGUACCGACUGCAGGAGCGCAACCCCGAGCUGAGCUACUGCAUCAUCGACGGACGCCACGAGAUCGGCGGGACCUGGAGUCUCUUCAAGUAUCCCGGCAUCCGGUCCGACUCGGACCUGUACACCUUUGGAUUCCCGUGGCGGAUAUGGGAGGAGAAGCAGCCGAUUGCGCACGGCAGCCUCAUCCUCAAGUAUCUCAAGGAGUCUGCGGCCCAGGCGGGCAUCGACAGGCACAUCAAGUUCAACCACUGGAUCCGCAAGAUGAACUGGUCGUCGGCGUCGUCGUCGUGGGAGCUGGACGUGGACGCCAACGUGGACGGCGACGCCGCCGCCGCCGCCGCCAAGGUCAAGCUGCGCUCGCGCUUCGUCUUCCUGGGCACCGGCUACUACGACUACAACGAGCCGCUGCAGACGCAGAUCCCCGGCAUCGACAGCUUCAAGGGCACCGUGGUCCACCCGCAGUUCUGGCCGGCCGACCUCGACUACGCCGGCAAGAAUGUCGUCGUCAUCGGGUCCGGCGCCACCGCCGUCACCCUCCUCCCGUCCAUGUGCGACAAGGCCGCGCACAUCACCAUGCUCCAGCGAUCGCCGUCCUACAUCAUCGCCCUGCCGGAGAAGGACCCCGUCGACCGGGCGGUGCGCUUCCUCAUGCCCCGCCCCGUCGCCCGGAGCGUCAUCCGCUUCAAAUGGAUCCUGUCGGCCUUCCUCCUCACCACCUUUUGCAAGUGGUUCCCGCGGCUGGCGCGCGCCCUCAUCCUCAGGCGGACGUCGGCAGAGCUGCCCAGGGGCGUCAACCUGGACCCCCAUUUCACGCCGCGCUACAACCCCUGGGAGCAGCGCAUGUGCCUCUGCCCCGGCGGCGACUUCUUCAAGUGUCUCAAGACGGGCAAGGCGAGCGUCGAGACGGGCGUCAUCGACCGCGUCACCGCCGACACCAUCAAGCUCACGUCGGGCCGGGAGCUGCACCCGGACAUCAUCGUCACCGCCACGGGGCUCAAGGUCCGCCUGGCCGGCGGCAUCGCCGCCUCCAUCGACGGCAAGCCCGUCGACAUCUUGGACCGGCACGCCUGGAAGGGCUGCAUGCUGGAAGACAUCCCCAACCUGGCCCUGUCCUUUGGCUACGUCGACGCCAGCUGGACCCUGGGCGCCGACGCCACCGCCCAGCUCGUCUGCCGCAUGCUCGCCAAGAGCACCGCCCAAGGCUACAGCGUCAUCGUGCCCCGGCUGAGCGACGACGAGAAGGCCUCCAUGACCUACCUGCCCUUUAUGCGCCUCAACUCUACCUAUAUCCAAAAGGCAAACGGCAUGUUCCCCAAGGUCGGCACCAGUCCCCAGUGGCGCCCGCGCACCCAUUACUGGAAGGACAUAGCCAGUGCCUGGUGGGGGAGCAUCGACAGUGGCAUCCAGUGGUUGAAGUAG